GUCAGUGUAGCAGCAUUUGCGAAAAACUCUGCUGUCUGUGUGCUCUGCUGCCCGACUAUUUAGGAUUUUAGAGUAGAGUCAGACACAAUAUUAUAGCCUGCCACACGUUAGUAUCGCGGACGACAAUGUGAAAAAAUUAACGCCGUUUCUUCACUUCAACACUCUUCCACUUACUAACUAACCAAAUAUUAAAAAAAAAACAUAAAUAAAUAAAAUGCCAUUAUUCUGUUAAAGUAAUAUGAAACAAAAAGAAAACUUUCAAAUAACAAUUUAACAAAAAUUAGAAACUCUUGGAUUAUAACACAAAACCAUACAGUAGCUGCAGUCAUUUGAACAACUUUUUCAUUGGAAAAAGUUGCAGGACCCCCCCAUAUUCAACAAGGAACCCCCACAACACAAUAACGGAAUAUUUGGAUUUACUUAAGACAAACGACUGCUAGAGCCUUCAACUUCAACAAUAUUUGGCAUUACAAAAAAACCCCACAACCAAGUCCGCGUAUACUUAAAAAAAAAAUCAACAAAAAACCAUUGGAUACUUAAAAACAUGAUUUAAAAAAAAAAAACAAAGUGUGGAACAAAGAAAAUUAAAAAAUUUGAACAAAAAAGUAAAAAAAAUUAAAAAAAAAGUUUUAAAAAACAUCAAUUUGGAAGAAACCAAAAAUUUGCAUAAAAGUCUGGGCCUUUAACUUAUGAUUCUACAACAUUGUCUAUAAAACAAAAAAUGCAUCGUCAUGUUAGGGAAUGCCAAAGAAUCAUUUUCGAAAAUUUUAAACCACAAAAAAGUGAAAUAAACACCACUUGAUUGGAACCCAACAUCGAGAUUUUCUACAAUUACAACUUCAACAAAAAAGCAAAAAAAAAAAACCAAAAUUUGGAUUAUACAAAAAGAGUAGAGAAAUUUUAUUUAAUAAAAUUUUAAACAACAGCCCCACAUUUUAGUGUUCAUUAAUUAUUGUGUCAAACAACAUCAAACAUUAAAAACAACAAAAAAAAACUAAACUACUCUCUUCAAAACAAAAAGAAAUUAUCCUAGUGCUGUGUUUUCUACCAUUUAAUAAAAUAAAAUUAAAAAAUCUAGAACAAAAUAUUAUUAAAACAAAAAAAAAAAACAAAAAUUAAGUCAGACUCAAUGAAAAAAUUUUAUCAACGAAAGUAAAACCAUCAACCAAAACCAACAUUGGGAUUAUUCAACAGCAGCAACCACAACUCAUCAUAACCGGCAACAAACUAACAUUUUUUCAGCAUACCUAAAACCCCUGCGCACCAGCAUCUUCCAAUUUGCUUUAGGAUCCCACAAACAUUUUUCGCCUGCCGCCAUUUGUGCUGUUGAUACACAACGACGACACCAUCACCACACCAUCGGUUUUGUUUUUUUUUUUUACCACUUUGGAGUCUUACAUUGAUACCGACGAGGCCUUUCUUCUUCAUACCCCGCUCUGAUUUCCAGAACACUUCUCAAAAUAUUUUGAGUUGUCCAGAACAAGUGGCCGGACGGAAUCUUCGAACUAUUAUUAGCAGCAGACCUUGUUAGAUAAUAGAUUACUGGAAUUUUCUACUUCAGCAGCUACAGCAAAAACUAGUGUCCACCUCAUCGCCGAUAAAACGAAUUUGAAAAUGGCGGAAGGCAAUGGCGAACUGGUAGAAGAUAUCAAUCAAAAAACAGAAGAGCGUGGUGAUGGCGUUAAAACAGAGGACUAUCCAAAAUUGUUGGAAUAUGGCUUAGAUAAAAAAGUUGCCGGUAAACUUGAUGAGAUAUACAAAACAGGUAAACUCGCCCAUGCAGAAUUAGAUGAACGCGCACUGGAUGCGCUCAAAGAGUUUCCGGUCGAUGGUGCCUUGAAUGUAUUAAGUCAGUUCCUUGAAUCAAAUUUGGAACAUGUAUCGAAUAAAUCUGCCUACUUAUGCGGGGUUAUGAAAACCUAUCGACAGAAAAGUCGAGCCAGUCAACAGGGUGUACCAACACCAGCCACCACAGUGCAAGUUAAAGGACCAGAUGAGGAGAAAAUCAAAAAAAUCUUAGAACGUACCGGUUAUACUUUAGAUGUUACCACGGGCCAACGCAAAUAUGGUGGACCUCCACCGAAUUGGGAUGGUCCCGUACCGGGUAACGGAUGCGAGGUAUUUUGUGGGAAAAUACCUAAAGAUAUGUUUGAAGAUGAACUCAUACCUCUGUUUGAAAAUUGUGGCAACAUCUGGGAUCUUCGAUUAAUGAUGGACCCCAUGACCGGCACAAAUCGUGGCUAUGCAUUUGUAACAUUCAUCUCAAGAGAUGCUGCUGCAAAUGCUGUCAAACAGCUGAAUGAUUUUGAAAUUCGGAAAGGCAAAAAGAUUGGUGUAACGAUAUCAUUUAAUAAUCACCGGCUCUUUGUCGGCAAUAUACCUAAGAAUAGAGAUCAUGAUGAAUUAAUUGAGGAAUUUUCUAAACAUGCACCCGGCCUUAUUGAAGUGAUAAUUUACAGUUCACCGGACGAUAAGAAAAAGAAUCGUGGUUUUUGUUUUCUCGAAUAUGAAUCACACAAAGCCGCUUCAUUAGCAAAACGACGACUUGGUACUGGUAGAACUAAGGUCUGGGGAUGUGAUAUUAUUGUCGAUUGGGCUGAUCCACAAGAGGAGCCGGAUGAACAAACAAUGUCUAAAGUCAAAGUCUUGUAUGUUCGAAAUUUAACCCAGGAUGUGACAGAGGAGAAAUUGAAGGAACAAUUUGAGCAAUAUGGCAAAGUUGAACGUGUUAAGAAAAUAAAAGACUAUGCUUUUGUGCAUUUUGAGGAUCGUGAUAGUGCUGUGGUUGCAAUGAGGUCUCUAAAUGGCAAAGAGGUUGGUGCAUCUAAUAUGGAGGUAUCCCUGGCCAAACCACCUUCGGACAAAAAGAAAAAGGAAGAAAUACUACGUGCUCGUGAACGUCGAAUGAUGCAAAUGAUGCAAGGACGUCCUGGCCUAGUGGGUUUUGAACCAUUGUCUCCAUACAGAAAUCUAUCACCAACACAUCCUGGCAUGAUACCAUUAGGUACACCCAUGCGUAUACCCGGUGCUCCAAGGAUUCCUUUACGCACACCAAUGCCCAGGGACUAUGAUUAUGAAUAUGACUUUUAUGGUUAUUCGGAUUAUCGCGGUGGCUACAAUGAUUCAUAUUAUGAUGAUUUUUAUCGUACUUUUGAUGGCGAAUAUUUCUUUGAUUAUCCACCGGGCGGUGUGGCGCCACUGCCACCUGGUGCCGCUGGUGGUGGGUGUCCAGUUGCCGGCGCCUCCGGUGGUGGUUUGCCGAGAACAACACGAACUAAUGUGGGGGUUGGCCGUGGCCGUGGAAUCACGGCGCGUGGACGAACCGUUGGGCUCCGUGGCAACAUCAAUCGUCAGGGGGCCCCUCAGGCGGCGGUGGUGGCGGCGGCGGUGGUAGCUCAGCGGGGGGCCACCGUGCAGGGGGCUCAGGCAGCAAUCGGGGGGGUCCGUGGGGUGGGACAAAUGCGUCCCAGCGCUCGUGGCACUCAGCACGCCAAACCGCUACCAAAUUUACCAGUAGUAGUCGGUAAGCGUAAAUUUGAUGGAGGUCACCAAAAUCCAGCAGAUAUUAAGCGACGUUACCCGGGCGGUUUGAUAGGAAAUGGCGGCAGUUGGGGCAGUUUACCACUACCACAACAACCAUUAGGCACUAAUGGCGAACAAUGGUAUACGGAUACGUUUCCUACAUGGAGUUAAAGAAACACAAUAACAACAACAACCACAAUAUUAUCGAAAAAAAAAAACAAACACCAACUCUCACACAUACAUACACUCACAAACACACACACACACACACAGAAACAACACACAUAACCACACUCAUAAACAAUACACAUAAUACACACUUAAAAACCCAUUAUUACUAAAACGACAAACAAUUAUUCCCCUUAAAAUUUUUUUAAAAUUUAUAAUAAAGCAAAAUUAUGAUGAUUUCUUAAAGGCUACAACAAUAAGCAGAGAUAAAUUCACACAACAAUUAUGAAAAAAUAAUAAUAAUAUUUUUUUUUAGAUAAAAAGAAUAAGCAAUACUAUAGACAAACAAAAAAACAAGAAAAUAUUUAAGAUAAAAAUUAUAAAUUUUCUAUAAUUAAACAAAAACCGAAAAACCUUGAGAUCAGUAGUAGUUCAGCCAAAAUAAGGAAAAGAAAUUAUUUAUCACCUUGACACGUCCUUCUCAAAAGAUGGCAAGCCACAAAACCAACCACAUUACAUACAAUAUAUAAUUACAAUAAAACAACAACUACAAAGGCAAAAAGAGAUCACAUUUUUAAUAUAUAACUACAAGAACAGCAACAAAAAAUGGUAGUAAAUAAAACAAAAAACCACAUAUAUAACAGCUUACUUUUAUAAUUCAAAACAAAAGAAUGAAGCAAAAACAAAAUAUAUUAAAAAAAUUUUAACUUUUUUUUUACAAUUUCUAUAAAACUUAUUUUUUAACUCCAAAAUGCAAACAGAAGAUCAAAUUGAAAGAUUUUAAAGCAAUUUUUAUUUAUAUAUUGGCUUUUCCUUAUUACGUUUUUUUUCUUAACCAUUGUUUAUGUUUGACAAAAUUGAAUUUUUCGAAUUUUACUUUUGGCCAAGAGAUUUUUAUACUGUUUUACUUGGAAAAAAAUUUAUAAUUUGUUUCUUUAUAAAUAACAUUGAAAAAAAAUAACGAAUAUUUCUAUGAAAUCGUUAAGAUUUUAAGCAUUAAAAUUAAACACACACAAAAAUUAAAGAUUGAAAAAAAUUUUCUAAGCAAAGCUUAACAAAGAAAAAAACACACAAACUUAUAAAUUACGGAAAAAAUACACACAAAACAAAAAAAAAAAAAAAACAAAAUUAAUGACUGAAUUCAAAUAAUUGAAUUAAAAAAAGGAAAUAUAUUUCAAACAUAUAUAAGAGUUGAUAAUUAAUAAAAACAACAAAAACAAAAAUGAGAAUAAAAAAUUUUACACACAAAAAUUGAAAAAAAAAAUAUGUAAUACAUAUAUAAGAAAAUCAAUUUAUAUGACCAGUAGUCUGUACACACCUACACACAUGACUUUCAUAAGGAAUUUGAGGGGAUAAUUAUUAAAUAAAAUUUAAAAAAAAAUAUAUGAAACAAAUUCUAUUAAACGUUUUCAUUUUUUUACAACAUGUCCUAAUUAUUAUAUAAUUAAACAUGAUGAUAUAUAUAUAUAAUUGGUUAAUUUUUUUACAUUUUUUGCCUUGUACGUAACAAAAUUAUGUUUGUGUUUUUUUUUUUUUUUGUAACAAAUUCAAAAAUUAUUAAUGUUAUGUUAUUUUAUGUUAUCAAUUAAGGCAUAUAAUUUCUUAAAAUUUUCGAAAUUUUUUUUUCAAAAACAAAAAUCACCGUCCAAAUUAGUUACAGGCAUGCAUCCAUUAUUUCCACAUAGAAAAAAAAACAAUGAAAUCAUAUAACAUAGGCUGUUGAAAACAUGGGAGCGUAUGAUCAAUGAGUAGACAUUUUCCAACAAACAUAAGACCCAGUGGUCUGUACCAGAGUGUGUAUGCUUAUUUUAAAUUCAUUAAAUUUUACAAUAAAAUUUCAAGCAAAUACACAAAACAAUUUUGAAUAUAUUCAUUUUAAUUAUAGAAACAAAUUUUAUAAAAAUAAAUAAACUUGUUACUCUGCAGUAGCUAUUAUUCAAAACAAUUUCCAGCACUUUAGAAACUGUAAUUAAACUUUUAUAAAAUAAAAAUAAAUAAAUUUGUUAUUCAAAACUA